AAAAACACAGAGAAGCAGCAGGAGUGGACAGACCUGCAGCUGAAGCUCCUCCUGUCGGGCUGCUCCUCUCUGCAUCAUCAUCAGGAUCCACAGUUCGACGGGAAAGCUCUCAGGCUGGUUCUCGUCUCCUCCUCCAGAUGAGCAGCAGCUGCAGAUAUAAAACCUUGACCAUGCCGACCUGAUUCAAAAUGGACAAUCUGACCAACAGCAGCUUGGCUGACCAUCUCCUGGUUAGCUACAUCCUGGACUAUGAGGUUCCUCCAGAAGAGAUCCCAGACACAACGAAGGGUUUGGCCUUCUUUGUGGCCACCAUCAUCAUAAGCAUGGUUCUGGUUAGCAUCAUGCUAAUCUGUGGCGUGGGAAACUGCCUCUUCAUCGCCAGCUUGGCCCGUUUCAAACAGCUCAGGAACCUGACCAAUCUGUUUAUCGUCAACCUCGCGGUGUCUGAUGUCCUGGUGGCCGCCGUGUGCUGUCCCUUCCUGCUGGACUACUAUGUGGUGAAGAAGCUGUCCUGGGACCACGGCCUCCUGCUCUGCGCCUCCAUCAACUACCUACGAACCGUCUCACUGUAUGUGUCCACCAAUGCACUGUUGGCCAUCUCCGUGGACAGGUACCUGGCUAUCCUCUACCCUCUGAAGCCUAGAAUGCAGCACCAGACGGCCUACUGCGUGGUUCUGACCAUCUGGAUCGUCCCCAUCUUCAUCUCCAUCCCAUCAGCCUACAUGGCCUCAGAGACCACCUACCCCCACAUCGAAGGUCACACCCACAAGACGUUCUGUGCUCAGAUCUGGCCCGUGGACCAGCAGGCCUACUACCGCUCCUACUUCCUCCUCAUCUUUGCUCUAGAGUUCGUAGGCCCUGUAACAGUCAUGACCAUCUGCUACGCUCAGAUCUCCAGGGAGUUGUGGUUCAAGGACAUUCCAGGUUUCCAGACGGAGCAGAUCCGGAAGAGGCUGAACAGACGUCGCAGGACCGCGGUGGUGCUGAUUCUGGUGCUGGUGGCCUACGUCCUGUGCUGGGCGCCAUACUACGGUUUUGCCCUGUUACGGGACUUUUAUCCAACAAUCAUCUCCAGGAGCAGGAACUCCCUGGUGGCGUUCUACAUCAUCGAGUGCAUCGCCAUGAGCAACGGGGUCAUUAACACCCUCUGCUUCAUAAGUGUCAGGAGCAACAGAAAGCCCCUGAAGGUGGUGAGAAUGUUUCCUCUGAAGCUAAUCGCUUUUACAGCCAGAAGGUCCCUGGAUGAAGGGGAGGCACAGACCUCCUCGCUGCGGUUGACUGAGAUCCUGGAGGGACCUCGGCUGAGGAUCAAGCUUGAUGACUCUUUAAGGACUGCAGCUCAUCACCAGGAACAGAUCCUACCAUCCAACGACUAAUACUAAGAAAUAAAAGCAGAAGAUGAGGGACCUCCGGAAGAACCAGUGACUAAGAACAGUUCCUAUACCACCGAACCUGGUGUAAACAGUUCAUGAUUAUUAAAUUCAAAUGUCAAAACUUUCUGUUGAAACAUUUUUAAUUUCAUAGUCUGGUACAUUUUAACCAUAUUGGUACAAUUAUUACCAUUUUAAAAAAAGAAAAAAGCUUAGAUUCAAUUUCAGGCUAAAAAAUGCAGCAGGAAAUCCCCUGGAAUCCCCUUAAUCAAUGGGGAUUGCCAGUGCUCUGCUGUAUGUGGAGCUCUGCUGCUCUGAACAACUACAUAUAAGAAAACCUUUUUAGGUGUAUUUUCUUCAACAAUCUUAAAACUACCUUUUUCCCCACUCAAAGCAAAUAAAGCCAAGACCGUCUUGCACUGCAUCAGCCAUUGUACACAUUAGACCACCUAAAUCAGAGCCUAGUUAAACU